GUGUGUGUGAGAGAGAGAGUCAAAGGGCGACGGUUUCUGAAAAAAAAGAAUUUGUUAUAUAUAUAUAAGUCACGCGGAAUGCAGGGGAAGAAGAUCUACAAGUUUCUGAAAUUAAUGGGAGAGUUAUGUGUUUGAAUGAUCGAGAUGAAGGAAUUGUCCAUGGAAGAAUCUAGGCGUCCAGGGAGUAUCGAUCACAUGCGGCUUCAAUCUCAUCUCUUCGUUUCUGGAUUCUAUUGCUGGGGCUGGGAAUUCCUAACCGCUCUUUUGCUCUUUAGUUCUUCUUCCUCUUCCUCCAACUUCUCCUCCUUCUAGAUUUCUCAUCCUUUCAAAUUUUCAAUUCUCUCUCAAACAACUGAUUCAUCAUACACACACAAGAUCUCACAAUUUCAAACGAUUAUUAAGCAGCUUCUACAGAUCAUCAUCAUCAAUAUUGAUAAACCGAUUGUGAACUAAAUCGGAAACCGCUACCUGAUCCGGUCCGGCGAAUAUAAAAUGGUACAGAGAUCGGCGCCAGCGCCGUUCCUGACGAAGACGUACCAAUUGGUGGACGACGGAAGUACGGACGAAAUCGUUUCGUGGAAUGAAAUCGGAACGACUUUCAUAAUCUGGAGUACUGCAGAUUUCGCCAAGGAUCUGCUACCGAAUUACUUCAAGCAUUGCAAUUACUCCAGCUUCGUUCGACAACUCAACACUUACGGAUUCCGUAAGAUUACGGCAGACAAGUGGGAAUUCUCCAACGAAAAUUUCAAGAGAGGACAAAAAGAACUGUUGAUCAAGAUUCGGCGCCGGAAAGCCCUCCACCACAAGUCCUCCCAGGUCCCUCUUCCUGCUGCUGCUGCCCCAAUAUUAUCGACGAUAACCCCUUCAAACUCGGGCGAUGACUCAACAUUCUCGUGUUCCCCGGAUUCCAAGAACCCGGGGAGCAGCACGGUGGAAGCAAUUGCAGCAAUAACUCAUGAAUAUUCUCACGAUGAAUUGGCAGAAGAAAACGAGAAGCUGAGGAAAGACAACGAGAUGCUGAGCACGGAGCUAACAGAGGCAAAGAAACAGUGUCACAAGCUGGUGUCGUACUUGACUAAGCAAGUUAAGGUUGGGGCCGAUCAGAUCAAUGAGAUCAUGCAACCUGGGUCCAACAAUAACGGACCAGAUCAUUCCGUGGACAAUAUCUAUCCGAAGAAGAAGAUUAAUAGUAAUAAUAAUAAUGAUGGAUCAGCAUCAUCUGGAGGAGAAGGAGGAAGAGAAGAUUGUCUGAAACUGUUCGGGGUGUGGCUGAAAAAGAGGGGUCGGGAUGAAAAUUCGGAUUUUGUUGGGCACCGAAAGGAGAUGAAGAAAAGUAGUAUUGAAUUUGAUGAGGCGCCGUGGAUGAAGAUUACAAGCAAGGUAUGUAUUUGAUUGACUAUAUACAUACGUACGUACGUAGCUAUCUAGCUACAUGCAUGGUAAUACAAAAUACUUACGUGCAUCACUCUGUUUAAUUAAGCAAAUUAAAAUAUGUUAUUAUUUGUGUCUCUUAACAUUAAUAUUCUGCAAUACUGCUAGUGUGUUUAUUACUGGUUUUAUUUUUCAGUGAGGAUUUCAGGUUAAUUUGUGUGUAUUUGUAUUAUUAUUAUUAAGUUGUCAUUUCAUACUGGUGUAAUCAUUUGGAAUUUAUUUUGCUUGUUUUAUGAUUAAUUAUUCAGUAAUUUUAUUUAUUUUAUUUAAAGAUAUGUU